UAAAGUAAAGUGAGGGUCGCGGCAGGCACCCUUUACUGAAUUUCCAUGCUAAAAAACAACUGGAGGAUUUAUUUUAACUGUUUAUAAAUGACAUAAAACUGAAAAGCAAAAUGCCUCCUGUUGAUGAUGGAAGUCGUGGUGGAUGCAAUUCAGUCUGAACUACUGCAACAGACAACAACCAGAGUGACGUUACGACAGUAAAAAAAACCUCAAGUGCGGAUUAUUGUUCCGAGUUGGUGCGGAUUCACUCGUAUGUUUACCAGAUUCAGGAGACAUUCACUUCAGUCAUGUAUGUACCGCUGCAAAGUGGGUGAGAUGGGCAGAGAGAAGAACGGGCAAGGAGUAAGGAUUGCCAUUAAGAAUACAUUGAGAGGUUUCUUGAUGUUUGGAUAAAACCUUUACGUUGAGCGGGAUUGUUGGUUUUUGCGAGGAAGGAAGGAUGUGGAAACUUUGCCCAUUCACACGUCAUCCAGCUCUUCUAGCUUGCAUAGUCAUGGUAAUAUUUAUUUACAAUGUCAAAGGUCUUAAUGUGUGUAUGAGCGGUAGUGCCACAUCUUGUGAGGAAUGUCUUCUUAUUCACCCGAGCUGCGCCUGGUGCGCGCAAGAGGACUUUGGACAAGCGAGAACCUUCACCUCACGAUGUGACUUUAGCCAGAAUUUACUCAAAAGAAGGUGUGAUGCACCUUUCAUAGAGAAUCCGAAGAGUAGCAAAACUCUCCUGAAGAGCAAACCCCUAAGUUCCAAGCAGUCCGGGUCGACCCAGUAUGAUGUCGUCCAGAUAUAUCCACAGAAGAUCUCGCUCAGCUUAAGGCCUGGUGACCAGACCUCAUUUGAGGUACAAGUGCGUCCUGUGCAAGACUACCCUGUGGAUUUGUACUAUUUGAUGGACCUCUCGCUCUCCAUGAAGGAUGAUCUCGACACAAUUCGCAACCUGGGCACCAAACUGGCGGAAGAAAUGAGGAAACUCACAAGUAACUUCCGUCUUGGGUUCGGCUCUUUUGUGGAUAAGAACAUAUCACCCUUCUCCUACACAGCCCCCAAGUACCAGGACAACCCUUGCAAUGGAUACAAGCUGUUCCCAAACUGUGUCCCCACGUUUGGUUUCCGUCACCUCUUGUCUCUUACGGACAAAGUGGAUCGUUUCAACGAAGAAGUGCAAAAGCAGAUGGUUUCGCGAAACAGGGACGCACCGGAGGGGGGGUUUGAUGCCAUUCUGCAGGCUGCUGUGUGUAAGGAGAAGAUUGGCUGGAGGAAGGAAGCCAAUCAUCUUCUGGUGUUUGCCACGGAUGACGUCCCACACUUGGCUUUGGACGGAAAGCUCGGUGGACUCGUGCAGCCUCAUGAUGGACAGUGUCACCUGAAUGACAAGAACGAGUACAGCGCUUCAAACGUAAUGGACUAUCCGUCACUAGCUCUACUGGGAGAAAAACUGGCAGAAAAUAACAUUUUCCUCAUCUUUGCAGUGACCAAAAGACACUAUGUUCUUUACAAGAACCUAACUGCUUUGAUUCCUGGGACUACAGUGGAAAUUCAGGACCAAGACUCUAAAAAUAUAAUUCAGCUAAUUGUCAAUGCAUACAAUAACAUCAGGUCAAAAGUUGAGCUGAGCGUUUGGGAUCAUCCUGAAGAUCUUAAUCUGGCCUUCACUGCCACCUGCCAAGACGGGCGACCCCUGCCUGGCCUCCGCAAGUGUGCUGACCUCAAGAUUGGUGACACUGUCUCCUUCAACGUCACUGUCGAUGCCCGAGGAUGCCCCCCAAAAGGCACCCGGAAGAGUUUCAGCAUCAGGCCAGUUGGCUUCAAAGACCGUCUGGAGGUCUCUGUGGAUUACCACUGCGACUGCAGCUGCACACGUUACACGACAUUCAACAGUAGCCGCUGCAGCUCCGCCGGCACCUACAGCUGUGGGAUGUGCCACUGCGAGCCCGGCUACCUCGGAGCACGCUGCGAAUGCGAGGAGGGCAAGGUCGACCACCAGCAACUCAGCUCCUGCCGUGAAGCCGAGGGCAAGCAGGUGUGCAGCGGCCGGGGAGAGUGCAGCUGUAAGCAGUGCCUGUGCUACGAGUCAGAGUUCGGCAAAAUCUACGGGGCCUUCUGCGAAUGUGACGACUUCUCCUGUGCCCGACACAGGGGAAUACUGUGCUCAGGUCAUGGAGAAUGCCAUUGCGGUGAGUGUAAAUGCCAUGCUGGUUACAUCGGAGACAACUGUAACUGUUCCACAGAAUCGACUUCCUGCAUGUCUGACGAUGGAAAGAUAUGCAGUGGGCGGGGCAACUGCAUCUGUGGGAGGUGCCAGUGCAGUGAGCCGGGGGCAUUCGGGGACACAUGCGAGAAAUGUCCAACUUGUACAGAUGCCUGUGCAACAAAGAGGGAAUGUGUCGAGUGCCGUCUUUUUAACACGGGAAAACUGGCCGAUAACCAGACCUGUCAGCGCAUGUGCAAGGAUGAGAUCGUCAUAGUGGAAACACUCAAACAUGAAGAUCUAAGCGCUGUUGAAUGUGUGUAUAAGACUGAGAAUGACUGCGUCAUGAAGUUUACAUACUCUGAACAUCCCAGUGGCCUGUCUAUCUUAACCGCUCUUAAAGAGCCAGAGUGUGCUGUUGCCCCGAAUGCCAUGACGGUGCUCUUGGGAGUUGUUGGGGGCAUCCUGUUGAUGGGGAUCGUGCUGUUAGCCAUCUGGAAGCUGGUCAUCACCAUCCACGACCGCCGCCAGUUUGCACAAUUCCAAAGUGCACGUUCACGUGCGCGAUAUGAGAUGGCAUCUAAUCCUGUUUAUAAGCAGUCUAUCCCCUGUUACCCAAUGGAGACAGUUUUCCAGAUGCAUACGAAGUCAUGCAAUGGAGAAGUCCACUGAUCGACCUGCAGCUGGAAUGGGGGACAUGGCAGGACCUGUCCAGACUACUGCAUUACAGACAACAUGGACUGUUUUGGUUUUGAGCAUUUUGUGUGUUUGCCUUGCAAACUUUUUUUAGGGUGUUUCCUACAGAUUGGAACUGAUCGUUAUGUUGAAAAAGUUGUUUGCUGAGUAGCAGUAGAGCACAGGACUGGCACUGGAAGAACUUUAAUGGAGUGGAUCCGCCUUUUUUCGGAAACAUCCAUGUGGCAUUGAAGAAAUGGCUUGCUUGAAUUUCAAUCCUGAGUUUCCAUAGCUCUAACAUUACCACCUCCAUAUUAUGAUAGAUUCACAGUGCAUUGUGUUGAAUUGGCAAAGAAGAUAUGUUUAACUGUAUAUUUUUUAACAGUUUGCCAACUCCCACAAAUUAUGAAUGAGUUCAACUUAUUUGCAACAUGUCAUAAAGUUUGUACAAACUCAAAAAUUUGCUACAUUUUGCAUCAACUCUUUGAUAAACAGAUGGGUACUAACUAACCAGAGCAAUAAUUUGUCUAACUCCCGUUUUGGACAUUUUGUAUUUGAUAAAGGUUCAUAAAGAAUGUAAUGCAACUCUAGAAUACCCGUCAUUUGUGUAUGCAUUCUUUGCCACACUUUUGCACAUUUUCUUGAUGAUUUUUAACUGUAUAGUGUAUAAAAUUGGCUGCUGAUGCUUUUUUAGUGUCUUAGAAAGAAAUCGGGUUUCUUUCUGGAAUAGUUACAUUUAGGGCAUCUUGAGAGUGUUUUAAAUUGAUGUUCUGCACCAUCAGAACCUGAACUAAGUAAAAAAAUCUAGCUACUAACCACCUGUUAAGAGUGAUUUCUCUAACACAAAAGACAUUAGUUAACUAGUCUUUACAGGUCUUGGAGCACAAAUCUUUUUGAUGCUAAACAAACACAGCAGGGAAUGCCAUAGCCGUACUUCAUGGGAAAACCUGACUUUAUACUGAAACUAGCCAUCUGAAGCCCUUGAUCUAUGACAGCUGUGCACCUGGAUUGUCUUAACAGGUUCAUGUGUGCUUAACUGUCGGUCCUAUUCUCCAGUGACUAAUAAAAACGUGAUCAAAUAUG